UCGUGGGGGAAAGCUCUCUCAGAACGGAGUCAGUGGUCUAUAAAAGGGUGAAUCCAGUCAGUGGAACUCCACAUUCGAGUUUGGAAAAGUCAAGGAAAGCAGGUCGUCGGUUCAUCGAACUUCCGCCAGAUACAGAAUACAGAAAGAAGGCUCGGGAAAAAUGCCAGAUAUUCCGUUCGUCUUGAACCUGGACUCCCCGGACUCCAUGUACUAUGGGCACGAUAUGUUCCCCAAUCGUCUGUACCGGCGGCUCCAUUCGCGGCAGCAUCAUGACCUGGAUCUGCACACGCUGGGACUGAUUGCUCGGAUGGGUGCCCAUGCCCAUCAUUUGGUGGCCAAGAAACGGAGCGGGGAGCUAGCCACUCUGGGCGGGAGUGGUGCCCGGGACAAGCAGGGCAACUUUGAGGUCCACCUGGAUGUGGGUUUGUUCCAGCCGGAAGAGCUAACUGUUAAGCUGGUCAACGAUUUCAUCGUGGUCGAGGGCAAGCAUGAGGAGCGGGAGGAUGAGCAUGGUCAUGUGUCUCGACACUUUAUCCGUCGGUAUCCGCUGCCCAAGGAGUUUGAUGCGGAUGCCAUUGCCUCCACCUUGACGGACGAUGGAGUGCUCAAUAUAACGGUGCCUCCACUGGCCGCCAAGGAGGAGCCAAAGGAGCGGCUGAUUCCCAUCAAGCAUGUGGGUCCUUCGGAUCUCUUCCAGAACGGCAACGGGCACAAGGAGUCGGGAGCUUCACCAACUUCCGCUACAGCAUCAGCUGCCGCUUCGGAGGCCAAGUGAAUCUUAAAUUAAAAAGUAUCCUAGACAUCCCAAAUAUGCAGAAUUUGCAGCCAAGUGAUUCCCCAAGACUCUCGUUUAUCGUUGCACUAAAAAAAGUCACGAAAUUACGCACAACAUCGUACUAUAUAUUUAUUCAUUUAUUUAUUAGCCUAAUUAAUUAAAAUUUUAA